GUCCAUUUUCUCAGUAAGCAAGUGUUUACAAAUAAGUAAAUUCGAGGUCUCGAGGCGUUUAACUUUAAAUAUUUCCUCAAUUAUUUUAUUAAUAAAAAUACAAUUAUAAUCAUGAAAGUGAUGGCAAACAACGGGAACACGGUCAGGAUAAAGAAAGAAGCGAACGAUAUCUGGCCAGACGAAAGCGAUGAUUAUAAUUUCGAUUCAGUGGACUCUUGCCAAGUCGAAAACUUUGAAGCACUACCAUUUCAUAAAUCAACAGCAAGCCGCAAUAAUGCGGCUACGGCUUUACAGAAAAAGUUAGAUGAAAAAAUAUCCAUAGAAUUUGAGUGCAAAUAUGUUAAACUUGAAAAGAAAGCUGCAUCAACAACUAUUAGAAGAACUGAACAUCAGAAUUAUCCACUUAUUGUGAAAGUAGAAAAAAAAAUUCAGAAAAAGUACUCGAAUAAAAAAAGACUCAUAAUUUUGAUAAAAAAAAGUUUUGAUUAUUAUAAUAAUUGUGAAUUUCAAGUACAUGACCGAUCGAAACGGAAUAAACGUAGCAAACCCUUCGAGUGUGAAAUUUGUCGCAAAUCAUUUGGACAAAAAAGGUACCUUAAAGUUCACAUAAAUGGAGUACAUAAUCGGAGCAAACCCUUCGAAUGUGAAAUUUGUCACAAAUCAUUUGGAUACAAUAGUCAGGUCAAAAAACAUAUAAAUACAGUACAUAAUCGGAACACAUCUUUCGAGUGUGAGAUUUGUCACAAAUCUUUUUCAUUCAAGAGCCAUCUUGAUACACACAUAAAUACAGUUAUACAUAAUCGGAGCGAAUCCAUUGAAUGUGAUAUUUGUCAGAAAUCAUUUCGACGAAAAGCUAACCUCACAGUUCACAUAAAUACAGUACAUAAUCGCAGCAAACCCUACGAAUGUGGCAUUUGUCGUAAAUCAUUUGGAUACCAGAAUGUACUGAAAAUUCACAUAAAUUUACUACAUAAUUGGAGCGAACUCUUCAAAUGUGAUAUUUGUCGCAAAUCAUUUCGACACUUAUUUAACCUACGCAGACACAUAAGGACGGUACAUGAUGGUAACAAAUCUUUUGAAUGUGAAAUUUGUCACAAAUCAUAUAGACAAAAACAGAACCUUCAGCGUCACAUUAAUGUAGUACAUGAUCACAGCAAAUCCUUUGAAUGCGAUAUUUGUCACAAAUUAUUUAAAGAUAAAAGUUAUCUCAAGAAACACAUGAAAAGAUUACACAAUCAUAGCACACCAUUCGAGUAUGAAAUUUGUCACGAAUAAUUUGGACAAAAAUGUGACCUCAAACGUCACAUUAAUGCAAUACAUGAUCUCAGUAAACUCUUACAUUCAAUUCUGUGAUGCCCGGGAGUAGCUUGAAAGCGAGAUUUGCAGCAAAUUAUUUUCAAACAAGAGUAUCCUCAUCAAAUA